CUUCUCAAUCCCUUUCGUUUUCUAGGGUUUUAGGUCCUCCCUCUCUGGAGGUUGGGUUCGUCUUGCUGCACCUUGGGUCUUCAUCUCCGGCCUCCAAGACGGCACCUUCCGGCAAGCUUGGCCGGAUUCCGGUAGCGGCCAUGGCGGCGGCGGCGGCGGCGACCGGCUUCUUCCCAACUCGUUCUCUCCGUUGUUUUUCCACCUCGUCCAGCCUUAUCUUUGCUUAGGAGAGACUUGGGCUCGUCGGCGUUCACGAGUCCUAAUCUCGUCAAGCCUGGGAUUAGGGAUACGUUCUUGAAGUGCUCCGGGUCUAUCUUGAUUGAAGAACAACCACCUCCGGCUGACUGGAAGGAAGCGACGCGGCAGCUCCUGGAUGAGAGCGCUUAUUACAGAGUGCCGGUUGUCAAGACUGCGAAUGUUGAUCAUGUGCUGCGGAAACCUUUUGAUAAGCCGGAGGGGUUGAAGCUGAAUGGUGAUAAGAGUGUUGAGGUUGGUUUUGGAGAAAGGAAAAUGAGUGAAUUGAAUGUUAAAGAGCAUAUGAGUCACCAGGAAGUCUCAGAGAUGCAUCAGAAGAGGCUUGCUCGUAUAUAUGACAAAGUUCUUGUUGUUGAGGAUUUGAAGACGGCUAGGAAAGUUGUUAAUAUGCUCACAACCAAGUACAGGGAAUUGGUGUAUGCUUGCGAUACAGAGGUUUCUGCGAUUGAUGUGAAAGAGGAGACUCCUGUUGAUCAUGGAGAGAUUAUAUGCUUUAGUAUAUAUUCUGGUUCGCAAGUUGACUUUGGAGAUGGGAAGUCUUGUAUUUGGGUGGAUGUGCUUGAUGGUGGCAAGGGCCUUUUGAUGGAGUUUGCUCCUUUUUUUGAAGACCCAUCAAUCAAGAAGGUUUGGCAUAACUAUAGCUUUGACAGUCAUGUUAUAGAGAACUAUGGGAUCAAGAUUUCUGGGUUUCAUGCAGACACCAUGCAUCUUGCACGGCUUUGGGAUUCUUCAAGAAGAAUCGAUGGUGGGUAUUCACUUGAAGCACUCACAAGUGAUCCUAAGGUCAUUUCUAAAGAAACAUCCUCUGACAGUUCCCAGAACAAGAAAAGGGAUCUAUCAUUAGAUGAUGAUUUACUGGUUGGGAAGAUUUCAAUGAAAUCAAUCUUUGGUAAGAAAAAGGUUAAAAAAGAUGGGUCAGAAGGAAAGCUUAUAACCAUUGCUCCUGUGGAAACACUUCAAAGAGAUUCUAGGAUACCAUGGAUUUGCUAUUCUGCCUUAGAUUCAAUUAGCACUUUAAAGCUUUUUGAUAGCUUGAAAGUGAAACUAGAGCAGAUGGAAUGGUUUAUUGAUGGAAUUAAAAGAGGGAACAUGUAUGAUUUCUAUGAGGAGUAUUGGCAGCCAUUUGGUAAUCUCUUAGUCAAGAUGGAAUCAGAGGGAAUGCUUGUUGAUCGCACUUAUCUUUCAGAGAUAGAAAAGAUUGCCAUUGCAGAACAACAAGUGGCUGCUGACAGGUUUCGGAAAUGGGCAUCUAAGUACUGUCUGGAUGCUAAGUACAUGAAUGUAGGGAGUGAUGCUCAGCUGCGUCAGCUAUUCUUUGGUGGCAUACUUAAUAGCAAAGAUGGAAAUGCUAGUUUGCCCGCCUCAAAGACAUUUAAAGUGCCUAAUACUGAGACUAUUAUCGAAGAUGGCAAGAAGACUCCUUCAAAAUAUCGCACUAUUACACUGCAUAAUUUACUGGAGGAUCCUCUCAAGAUGCAACCUGAGAUAUAUACUGCUAGUGGUUGGCCUUCAGUCAGUGGUGAUGCUCUGAAAGGCUUUGCUGGGAAGAUCCCAAUGGAGGAGGUCUUUUUGAUGGAUGAAGAAUCUGGAUAUGCAGCUGAUAAUAGUAAUGCAAUUAUAACUGAACAUGCUGAAGUGGCUGAUAAGAAAAAGAAAAUAUCACAUAAGUUAAAUAAAAAAGAAGCAUCCACAUAUGGUAAGGCAUAUGCUGCAUUUGGAGAAGGUAGGGAGGGGAAGGAUGCUUGUCAUGCUAUUGCAGCUCUCUGUGAAGUCUGUUCAAUUGAUUCCUUGAUAUCAAAUUUCAUUUUUCCACUGCAGGGAAGUCAUAUAUCUGGUAAAAAUGGGCGCGUUCAUUGUUCUUUGAACAUUAACACAGAAACUGGACGGCUAUCUGCCAGGAGGCCAAACUUGCAGAACCAACCUGCUUUGGAAAAGGAUCGAUAUAAAAUACGACAGGCUUUUAUUGCCAAACCAGGAAACUCCCUUAUAGUUGCCGAUUAUGGACAGUUGGAGCUUAGGAUAUUAGCACACCUUGCAAACUGCGAGAGCAUGUUGCAAGCCUUUGAGGCUGGUGGAGAUUUCCAUUCUAGGACAGCUAUGAACAUGUAUGAACAUAUUCGUGAAGCUGUAGACAACAAGAAGGUACUUCUUGAGUGGCAUCCCCAACCUGGUCAAGAGAAACCUCCGGUUCCUUUGUUAAAGGAUGCUUUUGCAGCAGAAAGAAGAAAGGCGAAAAUGCUAAAUUUCUCAAUUGCCUACGGAAAAACUCCAGUUGGACUUGCGAGGGAUUGGAAGGUUUCUGUCACAGAUGCAAGAAAGACAGUGAAUCUCUGGUAUAAUGAUAGAAAGGAAGUUCUGAAAUGGCAAGAAGAGAGGAAAGCACAAGCUGCUCGGGAACAGCUUGUAUACACAUUACUUGGGCGUGCACGGCGGUUCCCUCCUAUUUCCAAAGCAACCAAUGCCCAGAAAGGCCAUAUUGAACGAGCUGCUAUUAAUACCCCAGUACAGGGCAGUGCAGCAGAUGUUGCUAUGUGUGCAAUGCUUGAGAUAGACAGAAAUCCUCGUCUAAAGGAGCUAGGAUGGAAACUGCUCUUGCAGGUGCAUGAUGAAGUGAUAUUAGAAGGGCCUACAGAAUCUGCUGAACUCGCUAAGGAGAUCGUUGUCGAGUGCAUGUCGAAACCCUUCUAUGGAACAAACUUCCUCAAAGUCGACCUAGCUGUUGAUGCCAAGUGCGCACAGAACUGGUAUGCUGCCAAGUAAUUAAGCAGGUUUUAUGAGUAUCAGAUCCUUGUUUUGAUCACAAAUACGAGCCCCAUUUUUGUGGCUGUCCUAGUAUCGCUUAAGCGUAUGGCUCAUCUUGAUCGAGAGAUCGAUAACAUCAAUCAUAACGGCUGUCGAAAAAGAUGCAUUUUACGUUCAUAAUGGUACUGAUGGUGGUGCUCAGACUACAGCUUCUUGUACACUAAAUUAUCGGAAAUUGGCUGGUUUCUUCUGACCUAAUGUCUUGCCUACAUGUAUGUAACAUGUGAGAGUAUGUAAUUUAGAGCUUCCUGUAUAGUGUUGCAGAUUAGAUGUACCUUGUUAAAUGUUUUUGCCUGAAUUUGAAUGAGCAUCUGAAUUAUGAUUGUCA